UUGUGACACUAGUAUAUUUCCCCCACCAUUCCCUCUAAUUUGUAACUCCCCUUCCUUCCUUCCUUCUUUCUUUCCUUCCUUCCUUCAUCUUUUCCUUGUUUUCCAGUCUCUAUAUUUGUAUAAGGCUGCUGCAUUCUUCUUCUUAUUACAUAACAUAGAAACAAGAAGCUGAUACACAGUAUGAUCAUCAUGUCUAUAUAUAUUUUCUCAUCAUAAGAUGCCAAAAAGCCUUAGAAACCAGAAUAGUACUUAAGAGGAUCUACGUCUUGAGAGUUGAGUAGUUUGUGUAACCACUAAUAACUAGGUUUCACUGACCUUACAUUGGAUUCCACUGUCUCAGUUUGUGGCAUACAAUUCUGAAAGUUUACAGUGGUUGUGGUGGGUCAGAGGAGCAUUCAAGUAGAGACCCUAAUUAUUAAUAACGCGUUUCACUUAAACCAUGCAGAUGCAAACCCCAAACACAAGAAAUGGCUCCUCUGAGGUGUCUCGGAAGGUGUCCCCUCGCGGCCGCGGCAUGCGCCAGCUCAGGCCUUCUGCGCUGUACAUUGAUUCUGCAUCAACAUUAAAUCAAGUUCAUAGAACAACAUCAAAGGAUAGAAGCCCUAAAGUCAUUGAAAGAAGAUCACCUAGAAGCCCUGCUCCUGAGAGGAAAAGGCCAAGCAGAAUACCUGAAUUGGAAUCUCAGGUUUCUCAUCUGAGAGAGGAUUUGAAGAAAGUGAGGGAGCAGCUAAGUUUAUCUGAAUCAUGCAAGAAACAAGCUCAACAAGAAGCUGAGGAAUCCAAGCAAAAACUCUUUGCGUUGUCUCUCAAACUUGAAGAAUCACAGCAGCAAGUUCUGAGCCUCACUUCUGCCAAUCUUGAAGAUUCCCUUACAUCUUCCAUGAUUGAAAUUUCUCAUUGUGAAAACUCACAGACACAGUUUCCAGAAUCAUCAGAUUUGGAACUACUAAACCUGAAACAAAACUUGGCAGAAUCUCUUUGUAUUGUGAAGAACAUGAAAAACCAGCUCAAGGAUUGCAAAGAGUCAUCUCAGGCAGAACCUUUGGUUGAUGAGACUUUGCGAAAACUCGAGGCUGCGAAAAGAACUGUGGAGUUCUUGAGGGCUGAUGCUGCUAAAUCUGCUACAGAAAUAGACCCAUCUAGAACCGGAAACUCCCUCGAUUCGCAUGUAAGCAAACUCGCAACCGGCCUCAUUAGUAGCAAAAUUGUCCACAAUGGAAAUCUUGUUGAUGAUCAUAAGCAUAAGCAUGAAGCUGAAAAAUUGGAAAAGCAAGAGGGUGCUGAUCAAAUUGGUUCUGAAAUUCAGUUUCUCAAGUCUGAGGUAGAAAAACUGAGGUGUGCCAUGGAGACUGCUGAGACUAAAUACCAUGAAGAACAGAUUCGGAGCACGGUUCACAUCAGGAACGCAUAUGAAUUAAUGGAACAGAUGAAAUUAGAAUCAAGUAAGAGGGAGUCUCAAUUAGAGGCUGAACUUAGAAGAAAGAAAGCUGAGAUUGAAGAUUUGAAGGGUAACUUGUUGGACAAGGAAACAGAGUUGCAGUGCAUUGUGGAGGAGAAUGAGAAGCUGAAUGCAAGGAUUGAAAUGAACUUGUCAUCACAAAGAGAACAUGAAAAUGAACUCAAGAUGGAGAUUCAAAGAUUGCAUGAAUGUGUUGCUGAAAUGAAGGCAGAGAUGAUGGACAAGGAGACGACACUUGAGAGCAUAUCCGAAGAAAAUGAAAUUCUGAAGAAUAUGGAAUUCAAUAAGGUACUGAGUGAAAGUGUGGCUGCAGAAAUUGAGGCAGCUAAGGCCGUGGAACGCGUGGCGGCCGUGAAGCUUGGGAUUGCAAUGGAGGAGGCAGACCGGAGCAACCAGAAAGCCGCGAGGAUCGCGGAGCAGCUGGAAGAAGCACAAGCAUUGAAGUCAGAAAUGGAGGCAGAACUUAGAAGGCUUAAGGUACAGUGUGAUCAAUGGAGAAAGGCUGCAGAAACUGCUGCUUCUCUGCUUUCAACAGGAAAGGGGAAACUCACUGAGAGAUCUUUGUCUCUUGACAAUAAAUACAAUAUCCCUUUGAUGAAUAACAAGUAUGAGCCUUGUUGUGAUGAUAUCAUCAUUGAUGAUGAUGAUGAUUUCCAGAGAAAGAAAUAUGGUAACAUGCUUAAGAAGAUUGGGAUCUUGUGGAAGAAGCCUCACAAAUAAUUGUCCACUCUCUUGAUUCAUGGAGACCUAUAAAUGUGUAGUAGUACAUCAGUAUUUUGUGUUACUUAAAUUUGGAUUUCAUCAUCAUGUGUUUCUCAAUGUUUUAAUAUAUAAUGCAGUUGCUAAGUUUUGUUUACUCUAAAUCAUGUAUGCAUGUUUAAAUCUGAAAUUAGUGAUUCUGUUUCUUAUGUAUAGGCAUAGUGUAGAGCUUUGAAUAAUUAAA